AUGCCUCUCAUCUCCCGCAUCGUCCCCUUCGGCGCCGCCAGGGCCGCAAAGACCGCCCUCUGCGCCCCGCGCGCCGUCGCCGUUCUCGUCCAGCUCAGAUCGCUCUCGACCCACCCUAAAUCAAAAGUAGUCUCCCCCCAGGACGCCGUCGCGCCCAUCCAACCCGACAUCACCCUCCUCUGCGGCGGCUUCGGUCUCUCCGGCGUCCCCGAUACCCUCAUUGACGCCCUCAAGGCCCGUCCCGAGGUCAAGGGCAUCACCGCCGUCUCCAACAACGCCGGAACAGCCUCUUCCGGUCUCUCAAAACUCCUCGAGUCCGGCCAGGUCGUCAAGAUGAUCGCCUCCUACAUCGGCGGCAACGCCAUCUUCGAGAAUCUCUACCUAACCGGCCAGAUCGACCUCGAGCUCACACCCCAGGGAACCCUCGCUGAGCGAUGCCGUGCUGGCGGUGCCGGCAUCCCUGCUUUCUACACCCGUGCUGGCUACGGUACCUGGGUCCAGACCGGCGAGCUUCCCGUCCGCUACGACGAGACCGGAAAGAACGUCCUCAAGUUCACCCAGCCCAAGGAGGUUCGCGAGUUUGACGGCAAGAACUACAUCCUCGAGAACUCCAUCUUCGCCGACGUCGCCUUCAUCAAGGCCUACAAAGUCGACACCCUCGGAAACUGCUACUUCCGCAUGGCUGCCCGCAACUUCAACAGCGCCUUUGGCAGAGCUGCAAAGUACACCGUCGUCGAGGCCGAGAACAUCGUCGAGCCCGGUGAAAUUGACCCCUCCGAUGUCCACCUCCCCGGAAUCUACGUCUCGAAGAUCAUCCAGUCGACUGCCGAGAAGAAGAUCGAGAUCCUCACCCUGCAAAAGGAGAAGCCCACCGACUCUUCCUCGGCUUCCGCUCUCGAGACCGAUCCUAACUCCUCGGCCGCUCGCAGAGAACGUAUCGUCCGCCGCGCUGCUAAGGAGUUCAAGGACGGCGACUACGCUAACCUUGGUAUCGGAAUGCCCACCCUCGCCCCUGGCUUCAUUGGCUCUGACAUCUCCGUCACUCUCCAGUCUGAGAACGGUAUCCUCGGCCUUGGUCCUUACCCCAAGGCUGGCUCCGAGGACCCUGAUCUCAUCAACGCCGGCAAGGAGACCGUCACCGUCACCCCCGGUGCCUCCUUCUUCGGCUCAGAGGAGUCCUUCGGCAUGAUCCGCUCCGGCCGCAUCAACAUGACCAUCCUCGGCGCCAUGCAGGUCUCGCAGUACGGUGACCUCGCCAACUGGGGUCUUCCCGGCCGCGUCAAGGGUAUGGGCGGUGCCAUGGACCUCGUCGCCAACCCCGACAAGACCCGCGUCGUCGUCGUCAUGGACCUCGUCGACAAGAAGGGCCGCCCCAAGAUCCUCAAGACCUGCGCUUUCCCCCUCACCGGUGUCAAGUGCGUCUCCAGAAUCAUCACCGACAUGGCUGUCUUCGACGUCAGCCCUGAGACCGGUCUCACUUUGAUCGAGGUCCAGGAGGGUCUUACUCCUGCCGACAUCGAGGCAAAGGUCGAUGCUCCCUUCACCGUCUCCCCCGACCUUACCACCAUCCAGGUCUAA